UCAAUAGCUACUGUAGAGAAGCGCCUUUUAGUGUAUGUGUUUAAGCGCCUUUUAGUGUAUGUGUUUUAGCGCCUUUUAGUGUAUGUGUUUUUAGAGGAGAGAGAACCGCAUGGAAGUGAGAUAUUGUAGAGUUAAGGUGAAAUUGUGAGAUGUAUUUCGUGGAGAUUAAUCGUUGUUGAGUAUUGUAAUUAAAGAAAUAAUUAAAGAGUUUUGGUAUUAUCUUAGUCCAGUAGUGCUUCGUGACAAUUUUGGAGGUCCCACCGAGACCAAACUUGUGGAAAUGAUGUGACAUUUUGACUUGUUUUUCGAGUGUGUUUUGUAUCGUGCAAACAUGGCGGUCGAGCCUGAGCAAGCAGAAGCACCGAAUGUUGAGACGAAUAAGUUAUCUUUGUCAUUGUUUCGAAGGCCCGACAAGUUUAAAAUUGGCGAAGACUUUGAUUUGUUCAUCAAGAAAUGUAAUUUGUACUUCGAAGCAGUGGAACUUGAAGAUGUUAAAAAGCGACGAUUUGCGCUGUUGUUUAAUUUGAGCGAAGAUGCGUUUCGUUUGGCAGAACCGGUUGAGUUUGGCGAAGGGGAAAACGCGUACAAAGAUUGGAUUGGAAAGUUGAAGUCGUUAUUUGAAAGGAAUCAGACUGCUACAGAGAAACGUUACAAUUUUCAUCGUCGAGAACAGGAGCCUGGUGAGUCUGUUGAUUCGUAUGCUGUUUCUUUGCGAGAAGCUGGAGCUAGAUGUGGUUUCCAUGGUGACGAAUAUUCUAGCAGGUUGGUUGAUCAAUUUAUUUUGGGGUUGAGUGAUAAGGCCACCCAAAACAAGUUGUUACAAGAGCCACCAAACAGUUUAGAUGAUGCCUUGUUAAUUGCUCGAAGAUUUGAGGCAGCAAAUGCCACAAUGAAAACAUUAGCCAGAGAAGCAACAGAAAAAUUAAGUAGAACAACAAUUGGCUCAGUUCUUUGAAUGCUGCUAAAACAUG